AGAUUGUAUAUUAGUCUGUGCUCCACAUGCCAUGUGGCCACACUGAUAAUUAAGAUUGAAAAACAAAAUUCUUCCUCUGUUUUCAAAUUGUUUACAUUGAAACUUAAAGAAAAAUAAAAAUACUAUUUUCCUUGACGAAUAAUUUUAAAUAAUUGAAAUUAGUACAAAAAAUAAUUGACUUUAAAUUAUAAUUCAUGUGCACUGUUGAUUAUUCACAUAUAUAAUAGUGAUUCGACAAAAAAUGAGUUUACGUGUUCAAUCUGCUGUGUUAAAAACAAUCGUUCGGAGCAAUGUUCGUUCGCUAUCUCAAUUUUACAGUAGCAAUGAUAAUACCUUUGGUUUUAAUGAGCAACAAAAAGAGUUGCGAAACUUGGUUUUCAAUUUUGCACAAAAGGAACUUGCACCUAAAGCUGCAGAAAUUGACAAAACGAAUAAUUUCGACAAUUUGAGGUCGUUUUGGAAGGAAAUGGGCAAAUUGGGGUUUCAUGGAAUAACUGCAAAACCGGAAUAUGGCGGGACUGGAGGAACUUAUUUAGAUCACGUGAUUAUCACUGAAGAAAUAAGUAGAGCCUGCGCUGCCGUUGGCCUCAGUUAUGGAGCACAUUCAAAUUUGUGUCUGAAUCAAAUUCACAGGCAUGGCACUGAGGAGCAGAAAUUUAAAUAUUUACCAAAGCUUUGUAGUGGCGAGCACAUGGGUGCUUUGGCAAUGUCGGAAACUGGUUCGGGCUCCGAUGUGGUUUCAAUGAAAUUAAAAGCAGAGAAGAAAGGUGAUUACUAUAUUUUUAAUGGAAACAAAUUUUGGAUUACUAAUGGACCAGACGCUGAUACUUUUGUUAUUUAUGCAAAAACCGAUAUGAAUUGUACAAAACCACAGCAUGGAAUUACGGCAUUUGUGGUGGAGAAAGGAACACCAGGUUUCACCAGCGGACAAAAACUUGAUAAACUAGGAAUGAGGGGCUCAAAUACCUCGGAAUUAAUUUUUGAGGAUUGUAAAAUUCCUGCCUCCAAUAUUUUGGGACAAUUGAAUAGAGGAGUUUAUGUUUUAAUGAGUGGAUUGGACCUAGAACGACUUGUUCUAUCAGCUGUUCCUAUUGGAAUUAUGCAAGCAUGUUGCGAUGUUGCUUUUAAAUAUGCACACGAAAGAAAACAAUUUGGAAAACCGAUUGCAGAUUUUCAAAUGAUUCAGGAAAAACUCGCAAAUAUGCACAUGGCUCUGUCCUUAAGUAAAAGUUACACGUAUACUGUUGCAAAGGCAUGUGAUGAAGGUCAUGUUGACCGGAAGGAUUGCGCCGCAGUUGUCACAUAUGGAUCUGAAGCAUCAGUCAAAGUAUCUCUUGAUGCUAUACAAAUUUUAGGUGGUAAUGGUUAUGUAAAUGACUUUCCAACAGGAAGAUUAUUGAGGGAUGCGAAAUUAUUAGAAAUUGGUGCGGGAACAUCGGAAAUUCGAAGAAUGGUCAUCAGUCGAGCAAUCGCUGAAGAUUACGUUUAAUUGUUAUUUAGUAAAACUUUUUAUUUUUAUACACCUUUUUUUUACAUGUUAACAGAUAUUAUUACACAUUUGUUAAAAAAUUACAAAGAAAAUAAAUAAUACAUUCCAUAAAAA